AUGCUGCCCGCGGCUGCUGCGAUGAAGCUCGCACAGGAGCCGAACGCCACUUCGAUGGAAGGGCCUGGGAGCCAGGCCCACGUCGGAGGUGCUCGUGCUCUCCUCUCUCGCUCCUCGAAGCUGUCCAGAGACCAAGAUCGCGAUGCCGAGACGUCAGAUGUGGCUAUUUUCUCGAAGAAGUCUUGGAAGGCGGUUGGUAAAGCCUUUGAGUCCGGAGGCAGUGCGGUGGGCGAUGGUCUUGUCAAGACAGGCAAGGCGGCCGUCAAGGGAACGGCAAAGGUAGGCACGGUGGCCUAUAAGGGCAUGGUCAACACAGGCAAGGCUGUGGUGAAUGUCGGCAACGCAAUUGUAAACCCCGGUACCUUCAGUUUCCACACGCUUACAAAUGCAGGGAUGAAUGUUGGCACCAGUGCCUUCAACAGCGCCUUUGCCGUCGGGGGCAGUGUGUUCAGAGGGGCCGUAAGCACUGGCAAUGCCGCGGCAUCCGCUGCCGUGCAGUUUGGAGAAACUGUGGGAGACGCAGCAGUGGAAGUGGGCACGGCGGUGGUCGAGAGCGCACAGGAGGUCGCAGAAGCAGCGGUGGACCUGGCAGGUACGGUGUUGGAGCACGCCAAGAAAGGGGUUGAGCAGGGAGUCAAAAUGGUCAACAAAGUCGGGAAGGCGAUUGGCGACAAGAUAACAGAGCUCGGAGAGGAGGUCGCCAAGCUUGGGCCAUUGGUUGCAGGCCUGGCGAAAUCUGCCUGGGAUGAAAUCAAAAACUUCGUCAGCUGCCUUCUCGAAGGCUUGACGCUCUGCUCCGUCUUGAUCGGUGAGUAUUGCGACUGCGACGCGGGGAGCUACGUCAAGUUUUCGACGGGCGGCAUGGACAUGAAAUGUGUCUUCAAGGUGACCGCUGAAUUCGGGAAGGGCUAUGGGGUGACGGCGACUUCCACCGGGAAGUACGGCGUGAUUACCGAGGCCGGAGUGGUCAUGCUCCCCGGGAAGCAGCUCGAGCAAAGCUUCAAGGCGGCGGGGUCACCCCUCAGAGCCCGGAAGGCCAUGGACGAUUAUUUAUCGCCCGCACCAGCAGGGUCCUGUGAAACAAGCUUGGAGGUGGCUGUCGAUGGUGUGGUGCAGUUUGCCCCGGUCAUAACCGUGAAUGUGAACACCGAAGGCAAGACUCAGAUGACGAUCAGUGGAAGCGUUCGUUCAUCGAUUGACGCCAUUGUCAAGGCAACGGGCAGCUGCCAGUUCAAGGCCGAGAAGCGCUUUCCCGAGAAGCCUCUGAAGAAGGUCAUCUGUGCCAAAGGCUUCUGCCUGGUCAUCGCACUCCAGAUGGUGGCCGAGCUCGUGUUGAAGGGCACGCUGACCGGAACCAUCACGACGUCCUCCGAUGCGGAUUUCGACAUCUACGGCACCGUGGACGUCAGCCCGGAGGGUGAUGCCGCCGUGACCUUCAACACCCCGACGAUCACACACAAGGAGGGCUGGGCGAUUGGUGCCAGUGCUAUGGCUUCUUUGCGCAUUGGCGCCGGUCCGGUCCUCACGGUCUGGCCCAUGCCAGGCGUGCCGGUGAAUUUCAAGCCCAUGGUCAACGCGCAAGCCCAAGCCCAGGGCACUUUGGAGUACAAGUCGUAUGCGUCACUCCUCCAGGACUCUCAGCGAGUCCUGGCAGACUCCAACAUGACCUCCGUCGUCAGCGAGAACAUGACCGAGGGAGCCCCCAGGGAGCUGAGCACGUGCGAUGCGGCUGCCGUGUCAAUCUACGCCGACGCGGACAUCACGGCCUUUGCACUGCCGCCCGCAAUCCGGGGCCACUUCAAUACCAAAACCAUCCAGGACGAAAUCAAGAAAGCCGUGUUGGCUGGUGCCCAAGCCUUUCUGGCCGUGAUCAGUAAAACGGCUAACUGCCUGGGCCUGGACAAAGUGACAGAGAAAAUCAACUCUGCCGCCAACAGCGCCUCAGAAGCGCUUGCAGGUCUCAUCCCCGAAAUCGGACUGGACUUCAAUCUCAAGGCCAUUCAGCUGCUGUCCCCAACGACGUUCUGGUGCAAGGAGGUCUACACGACUCCUGGCUUCGAGGACGCGCCCUGCGCCGCGGAGCUUGGGUGCAAGACGGCUGGCCGGAACUACGAACCUCCGGAGCCCGGGAUCGAAGUGCCUCCAGCUGAGCAGGUCAAGGAAAAGGAUCUGCCGACGAUGUUCUCGGCGACGUGCUACGAUAUCCCGAUGGGAGAUCACUGGAUCCAGCUUGGGGAGUGGCGCUUGGCGGCCAGAGACCACAACCACUUCUCGAUCUCGCACAAGGGAAUCCAGACGGCGCAGAUUUUCCGGAGCGAUGGCACCCUUCACCCCGGUCCUCGCAGUUCUUGGGGCGCAUGGCACUUGAAUGCCUUUCCUUCCGGCGAGUCCAACGGAAUCGAGUUCGGAUACCAGUUCAUCCAGAUCGGUGCCUUCCGUCUUGGUGCUGUGGACGACAACCACUUCUCAAUCUCGCACAGGGACGGACAGACCAUUCAGAUCUUCCGUCAGGAUGGCACGCUGCAUCCUGGACCGCGGACCGACUGGAGCACCUGGGAUCGGCCCGUGGGGAACCCUGUGGGGAUCACCUUCGGAGACAGGUUUAUGCAGCUGGGCAACUUCCGGCUUGGGGACGCGGACGGGGGCCACUUUGUGGUGUCUCACAAGAACGGAUGGACGUCCCAGAUCUACCGUUCUGACGGCACCCGGCAUCCCGGGCCUCGCAGGGACUGGAGCCCUCGCAUUCUGCACCGCUGGCCCAUGGCGUGGAGUUGCUGGGGCAUCGCAGAGAUGGCCUUCGGACCCUGUAAGUCGGACUUCGGAGCAUUUGGUGACCGCUUCAUCCAGCUCGGGCAGUGGCGCAUUGCGGCCAUUGAUGCCACGCACUUGUCGGUGUCCCACCAGAGUGGCCACACCGCCCAAAUCUACCGGGCCGAUGGCACCCUUCACCCCGGGCCCCGCCAUGAUUUCGGCUCCUGGCACCGUCCCACGGGCUUCCCCUACGGCAUCACCUUCGGCCCCGGCUUCAUUCAGAUUGGGAACUUCCGGUUGGGAGCCAUCGAUGACAUCCACUUCAGCGUCUCUCACCGAGACCACAGGAGGACGGCCCAGAUCUACCGGAGCGACCAAACCACGCACCCUGGGCCGAGGGGCGACUUCCAUGCCUGGGGCCUUAGCGCGGGGCCGGCUGUGGGCAUCACCUUCGGGGAUCGUUUCCUUCAGAUCGGGAACUUCCGCCUCGGUGAUGCGGACGGAGGACACCUGGCCUUGACCCACGAGAACGGCAACAUCCUUCACAUUUUCAGAAGUGAUGGCCACAACUUCUACCAUCAGACAGGCCACGCCGCCAUGGUGAACCAGCGCUAUCAGCACCAGCACUGCAGGAGCAUCUAUGCGGUCCUGGGCAGCUGUCCCGGGAUUGCCACGGGUGAGAACUUCAUGGAGAUUGGGGACUGGCGCCUCGCCGCCAUGGAUGCCAACCACUUCUCUGUCUCACACAGGGACGGCCAGACUUCUCAGAUCUACCGAUCCGACGGGACCCGCCAUCCUGGGCCAAGGACAUCCUGGAACAGCUGGGGUUGGGAGCCCAAGAAAACCUCGACUGGAACGGUGCACUUUGGCGACCGCUUCAUCCAGUUCGGCAACUUCCGGAUGGGUGCUGUGGACGACAACCACUUCUCCAUCUCCCACAACGGCGGCCAGACGAUCCAGAUCUUCCGUGCGGAUGGCACCUUACAUCCCGGACCUCGUACUGACUGGGGCUUGUGGCACGACUCCCGCCAAGUUCUGGACGUACCAUUGGGCAUCACCUUUGGGGAUCGCUUCGUGCAGAUCGGAAAGUUCCGAGUUGGGGACGUGGACGGCGGGCACUUCUCCGUCGCGCACGUGGGUGGACAGACCAUUCAGAUCUUCCGAGCCGAUGGGACCUUGCACCCCGGCCCACGCAGCGACUGGACAACGGUCGGUCGCCCAAUGCAUCAGUGCAGGGUUGCAAAUGUGGAGGUGUAG